AUGUCGCAGGACUUCAUGAACGCGCUCAGGCUCGGAGACCUCACGCAGCAGGACGAGCCGCAGCUGUCCGUCCGCCUGCGCGGCAGUCGCGUGGAGCUGGCGUCGGCCUCUGAAGAGGAGCAGGUGGAUUUUUUAGGCCCCGCGGAGAACAUCAAAAGGCUGUUCAAGCUGCCGUACUCGCAGUCCAGAGUGUCUUUGGCGGUGCAUCGUGUGGGCAGCACGCUGGUGGUGGAUGGGGAGCUGGACGAGAACGACCUGCCCGCGGGCUUCGAGGACAUGCCUCAGGACACGCUGCAGCUGGCGCAGCAGUCCGAGGAGACGACGCAGAGAUUAUUGUACGAGAAGUUCAUCUAUGAGAGCACGGUGAACAGCCAGCUGCCGCCCUCGGAGAGUGAAGCUGUGGGGGAGAAGGAGGAGGAGGUGGUGGAGCGGAGGACGGAGGCGAAGAAACAGGGAAAGAAUGCCAAGAAGGCGAAGAAAGCGAAGCAGAAGAAAGCAGCAGCGAAGAAGGCGGGCGAUAAGAUGGAGUUACUGCCAGCAGCCGAGCGGAAGGAGGUUCGUGAGGAUGUUGGGGUGCCACCGUCGAUUGUUGGUCUGGAUUCGACAAGUGAUCAUUCGAGUGAUACGUCGUCGAGCAGCCAGCAGAAACCUGCGCCCUCGUUCGUCCCGACCGAAACCAAUUGGUUUACCUCUACUGCGCAGCACCCUCCAGCAUAUGGAGGAGACUCACAAACAUUCCAGCGUAUUCUGAAAUGGAAGUUUAAUGACCUCAAAAUGAUUCUAGGCAGUCAAGUCCUUUUGUUUAGCAACCAGGAACACCCCGCUGUUUCGCUCAAGCUUCACGAUAUGGACAAGGAGUUGUCUCUGUGUACUGUGCUCGACUAUUACUUAGACAAUGUUAUCGCCAACAUCCCGGAGCUGGCAAUCUGUAUGCAUUCAAAGGGACUCGUCCGUGGGUACAAGCUUGUGGAAACCCGGCAAAUCCCGUACAUGUCUGGCACGGGUCGACCAUUGUUUGAUGUCCAAGAUGUUAGCAUGAACGCGUCGAUGCUGCUGAAGUUCCUGCAAGAGAAUUGUUCCAGACCCAAUGGCACGUAUUGGCUUCAUCGAAAGGAAGGCGAAAGUUCUCUGCGGCUCUACGAUGUGGAUGUUCUAUCGCAAGGAAAUCAACUCAAGUGGAAGUAUAUGAUGGCGAUGCUGUGCUAUCGGUUCGCAGCUCGAGCAUCGAGACUGGCGAACUCUCUCGCAGCAGGGACGCCGCACCUGCAACAGCAGUUGCAGCAACGUCAGCGUGAGCUGUUGCGCACGUGCAUGAAUUUACUUGGAGAAAUUGCUCAAAAGGGUGGAACGGCGCAUAGCUCCAUCUGUUCUUCGGUCAGCGAGCAGCUCGCAGACACGUAUCUUCGCGAGUGCAACCAAUUUCACUCCACCGACUCAGGGUCUGGGGAUUCAAAUCGAGAAGCAGCCAUCGAAUCUCUGGAGAAGGCUAAACAGUAUUUGCAGGCAAGCAUUCGACUGUUCGAGGAGUGCAUACCGAAGGAGUCGGCUGCAGUAUUGACCCAUAGUGACGAUGGCAACAACGACGCAAUCGAAGGGGAAGGAGAGCUAGCCCCAGGGGAUGAAGAAGAUGAUGGCGAAAUGGGCAGCUUCAUGGACGAAGAAUUAAACCGGCUGCAGCUGAAGUUUAGUUCUGCGUGCCUUGAACUGGGACAGCUUUAUGCUGGUAGCCAGAAAUGGGUUGAUGCUGUGAAGUGCAUUUUGGAGGCAUGCCAAUUCUUGCCUCUGAGCUCGACUCCCGACGACGUACAGCCACUUGAUUUAUCUUCCUCGAAGCAGGACUCACCGGUUGACGCUUUACUUGGAAAGUUGGACUUUGAUGGCGUUGGACGGGGAGGAUUUUCACAAGGCAAGAUUCCAAUUUGCGUUUCAGGAGCAGAACUUCGUUGCUCGUUACUGGGUCUGAUCGGCGAUAUUUGCGCCCAGAAACCUCUGGAAGUGUACGGAGCGUUGACAGCUCUGUACGACAUCAUUUCGGGGGAAGGCCUAAUGACGCUGUCCUUCCUGGCUUAUUUGCGGGCGCUGUCGCCACCAGCGGAUUCCGAGCUCUACUUCCUGCUGAUGAAAAAGCUUGGUAAUGCAAGCAACGAGCUGGGGAAAUAUUUCCUUGCGGCAAAGAGGGACUAUCAAGAAGCCUUUAGAUGGUUUGACCGCGGCUGCAAAAUCUUUAGCGAUAUCGAAGAUACAGUGAAUGUGGCGCUUCUUCGAGCGAAUCUGGCGCACCUUCACAAAAUUUUCGCACAAGGCAAACCUGCUGACUCAAGAGAAGAGCACUACAAAACAGCUAUCCAGCUUUGUACAGACGCUCUGCAACUUCUCAAGCAAAAUAAAGCGGACGUGGACCUGCGCAGAAAAGUGAAAGGUGAAUUGGCCCUGACCUAUCUGGUGUGGGCGGAAAACGAAGCACUGAAGAUUUUCAACAAGGCGCUGACGCUGUACGCAGAGCUGGGUGACCAGAAACAGGUUGCUUCGACCCACUACCAGAUUGCUUCGUUCUACAGUCGCAUGAUCUCGAAUACGCUGCAAGCCCGUGCAGAGAGUUCGUCUGCGAACGAGGUUGAUGGGUCCUCGACGACGCUGGCAAACCGAAUGGAGAUUGCGAGGCGUCACUAUGAAAAAGCUUUGGACUAUUUCGCUGCGUUGGAGCUGGGCAAAACGUUCGUGCUGAUCCACCAAGAGCUGGCAGAUCUGCACAUCCUUGGGGGUCGCGUGGAAGGUGUCGAACAUGCGCUGCUGAUCUUGUUGAGCACAUACGAGGCGUUCAAUCACGCAUCUGCCAGGGACUCGAAGCUCGAGAAGGAGGAGAUGGCGGCUUUAGCUCGCGAAAUUGUGUCCAAGGUCAAGACGGUGCUGCACCAACUGAUCAGACUGAGCUCUGGUGGACGCUCCAACAACGUGCACACCAAGACCAAGAAGCUGGAGAUGUUCAAGAAGAUGUACAAAGAGGUGAUCUACUACGAUGGCUACAGCGCGGGCAGUAUUGUUCCGAUCUUAGGCACUCUCAGGGGUAUGUAUAUAUAA